AUGAGCAUCCUGGUCCGCCUGGGCAUCCGCCGGCCUCACCCCUGGGACCCGCCCACGGCGUUGGACAAGCUCCUGGACGGGCCGCUGCACCACCUCGUCGCCGCGGCCCACUCCUUCCUGGUGCGGCUGCGCGGGACGCCCUUCGCCCUCCCCGCCGGCCGGCCCCGGAUCCGAGUGGUGUGCAUAUCCGACACGCACGAGCACACGCUCGGCAGCGUGCCCGACGGCGACCUGCUCAUCCACGCCGGCGACCUGACGAGCUCGGGCACCGUCGAGGCCAUCCAGCGGCAGCUCGACUGGCUCGGCUCGCUGCCGCACCAGCACAAGGUCGUCGUCGCCGGCAACCACGACACGUGGCUCGACCCCGUCGCCAGGCCCCACCUGCCCGCCGCCGCCGCCGCCGCCGCCGCCGCCGCCGCGUCCGCCGAGGGCGCCGACGAGCUCGAUUUUGGCGACGUCGUCUACCUGCUCGACGAGCUCGUCCGCCUCGAUUUCAAGCCCUCGGGCCGCUCCCUCGCCGUGUUCGGCUCGCCGCACAUCCCCAGGUGCGGCGGCGCCGAGCACGCCUUUCAGUACCUGAGGGACUUUCCCCCAUGGGAGGGCAAGGUCCCCCUCGAGACGGACAUCCUUGUCACGCAUACCCCUCCCCGCCACCACCUCGACCUCGGCCUCGGCUGCGCCGGCCUUUUGGAAGAGGUCUGGCGCGUCCGCCCCAGGCUCCACGUGUUCGGCCACGUACACUCGGGCGCCGGCCGCCAGGCCGUCUUCUUCGACGACGCCCAGCGCGCCUUUGAGAGGCUCAUGGCGCGGCCCAAGAGGGGCCUGAUAUUGGACCUGUUCACCCCCCACGCGGGAUGGCUCGACGCGGUCAAGGUGCUCUUGUACGGGGUCAACGCCGUCUUGUUCAAGUGGAUAAUGCUAGGGCCCGGGUCCAACAACGGCAGCGUCAUGAUCAACGCGGCCCAGAUGUAUCGGAAUACCGGGAAGAUGGGGAACAGCAUCCAGGUAGUCGAUCUAUGAAAGUGACAGGGGCGACCCCCGGAGCAACCAUGACGGCCAAACAGGCAACUAGGGAAGGCCGAGUACAUAUCAAUAAAAGAACAACAGUGGUUAAUAGAACAUAUCAUGCCCGCUCCCAAC